AUGUCAGGAGAGAAGAUCCUCGAAGGCGUCUUCGCCGUUCACAAGCCCCAGGGCGUCACCUCCGCCGACGUGCUCCGCACCUUACAGAAGCAUUUCAACCCCUCCAAGGCCUUCAAGCCAUGGCUCGACGAGGAGAAAGCCCGCCGCGACCGUGAGAGCCAGUUCCAGAAGAAGCGCCGCCGUCAUCCCAAACGAUGCGAAGUCAAGCUCGGACAUGGCGGAACUCUAGAUCCGCUUGCGACAGGUGUGCUCGUCGCUGGUGUCGGCAAAGGCACAAAGUCGCUACAGGACUUCCUCGGCUGUACCAAGUCCUACGAAACAAUUGUGCUCUUCGGCGCCGAGACAGAUUCCUAUGACCGCCUGGGCAAGGUCGUGCGCCGGGCGCCGUACGAACACAUUACGCGCGAGGCUGUCGAGAAGGCGCUAGAGCAAUUCCGUGGAAAGAUCAUGCAACGGCCCCCUAUCUUUUCGGCACUGCGAGUGGAGGGAAAGAAGCUCUAUGAAUAUGCGCGCGAAGGCAAGAUGCCACCGGUCGAGAUUAAGGAGAGGCCCGUGGAGGUUAUCAGUAUGGACGUUGUGGAGUGGUACGAGCCUGGAACCCACGAUUUCAAGUGGCCCGACGAAGAAAUGACCGGCGAUGCCAAGAUUGUUGCCGAGAAGCUUCUCGACAAGGAAUCCGCAUUGUCCGCGGCUUCAGAAGGUGAAGCUGCCAACCAAGAGUCAUCCAACAAGCGAAAGUCACCCCCUCCGGCUGAUUCGACCGAGGAAGACCAAGAAGCAGGCAAAAAGCAAAAGGUCUCUGAGGAUGGCGUCGCACAGGCCGUGGCAACCGAGACUGUCGCCCCGGAGCCAGCUACAGGCGAGGCUCCUACCACAGAAGUUGAACAGCCGAAGCCCCAGCCGGCAGCCGUGAAGAUUAGUAUGACUGUCACAUCCGGAUUCUACGUCCGCUCGUUGGCACACGAUCUGGGCAAGGCUGUUGGCAGCUGUGGCCUAAUGAGUGAGCUUGUGCGGAGUCGCCAGGCUGACUUUGUACUGGAAUCCGACAAGAUCCUGGAGUAUAAGGAUCUGGAGGCGGGCGAGGAGGUCUGGGGCCCUAAGGUGCAGAAGUUCCUCGAAGAGUGGGAGGCCAAGAGAGCAGCCAAGGCAGAGGCCGAAAGUCAACAGUAG